UGCGGCUGACGUACUCAGUCAAAAAUUAGAAUACAUGACACUGUGUUGUAUAUAUGGGGAAUAGACCUUCGAGUAAAAAUUUUAUCCGUAUUACUUCUUCCCUGAAAUUAAUCGACAGGCAGACAUAUAUACAGGUAGCAUAUUGUGAGCCACGUGUUAAUAAGUCUCACAGUCGAACUCAUCUAUACCCAGACGUGUGAGAUACGAUCAAAUCACACACACGAGUUAAUCUACGCAGCCCCUGUCUACCACUUGUACUACUACUACUGCAAAUAAUCAUAGUAAUAAUAAUAACAGUCACAUAAGCAGCGUGUCAAGGUGAUUUCUACUAUCAUACACACAUAAAUAGAGACAUACACACACAACUCUGGGGCACAAAAACAUAUCACUGGUUAUCUUGCCUUCUGCCUCUAGGCCUCCCAUCUGUCACUAUAUAAAUUGGUGGAUCACACAUUUUAUGCCACAUUUUACUGUAUGAUACAGUUCGACGUGUAAAUUAUUAUUAUCUUGAGUGAUUUAUCACUUGAAGAAUUAAAAAUUGUCACACCCACAUUCAUACAAUAAUUUGUAUUUCGAAGAAACUUGAUGUUAUAAAAAGCUUCAUUGCAUUCCAUUUUUAACCACAAUUCACAAAGUAUUAUCGCCGUUGUGCUUUCAUUCAAUUACAAGAGAAAAACAAAAAAUCCUCUCUAUUCUUUCCUUUGCCUACCUGAACAUUAAUAACAACAACAGCGAAAAAGAAAGAAGAAUGUGGAUGCAAGAUUGUGAUCAAUGUGCUUCAGCUAAAUUAGGAGGUUUACAGGUGUGGAUGCAACACUUAACAGAUGAACACGCCAUACCAACUGAAUGGCCAAGUGAUCGUGCUGCUAAACUAACCGGCACCAAUGCUCUACGACCGUAUACAACUAUUGCGGAAUCAAAAAAGAAACGAAGAAAAGAUAGUAUUCCAAGACCACUGAACAGUUUCAUGGUUGCUAGCAGCCAGCGAGAAAUCAACAAUAAUAAUACUAAUAAUGUGGAUCCUCUCUUUACAGAUAAAAAAAUAUCCUCAUAGGCAUUAUUUGUUCAAUUUCACAAGAUCUCUUUGUUUUACAUUUUCUUACAGCUAUUUGCACAACACAUUCGUCGUAAUGUACUCCGUGUAUUCAGUGACGCAUCAAAUUCUGUUAUAAGUCAACAACUGGGCGAUUUAUGGCGUACAGUGCCCAGAAGUUGUCGUAAUCAGUAUGAUGAUGAGGCGAAUCGACUAGUUAAAAUUCAUCAGAUUGAAUUUCCUAAUUACAAGUAUCAACCAAAAAAGCGUCAGAUUACAUCGACUGUAAGCAGUACAACAGAACACCACUCUCGUACACCUAUUCAUCAUCACCAUAACAACAAUAAUAGCAACAACCACAACAACAACAACAUCAAUGCUAACAUCAACGUUAGUGGAAUAAAUGCUAAUACACAGUCAGUUAUGUCGGUGACGAUACGCGAUGAUCAAACUUCAACGACGAAGUUGGUCUCUACUAGUUUAAUUAAGUCGAAUAACGAAUACAGUCAUACACAGUCGUGUUCGGCAACAAGUAAACCUCCAUGCGUGAGUCGUGGUUAUUCUUCACUGAACGGACAGACUAGUAAUUCUGUUCUAAGAAAUCAAGUGAACGGUAUACUGAGUGUUGGAAGUCAUAGGAGUAGUGGGGGAAAUCUAAUCAACAACUUUGAAACAAGCCCGCUAAAGCAAACUUGUAACACAAUCUAUGCUAAAUUGGAGUCGAAACCAUUGAGUAUUAAUACUAUUAAUAGUAUCAACGCCGGUAUUGCCGCCAGUAAUAACAACAAUAGUCAAACACUAUCAUUCAGACCAAGUUCACAUAGUCUGUCCGCCGUCCUUCCACCACUGCUAACAUUAUCUCAGCAUACAGGUGAUCAGUUUCAAAAUGGAAUAUGUGAUUCAGCUUAUGCAUCUGGGAUAAACAGCUCCUCCUCGUCAUCAGCAUCUUCACCAGCAGUCGGUGAACUGAUCUCUCCGGCUAAGUCAUGUUCGUCUACAUCGUCUAUUAAUAAAACAAAUAAAACAUCGCCUAUUCGUAGAAAAAUCCACUUCAUCCCUAUCAGACCACAAUCACAACAACUACCACCUGUGGUUAAUCAGCCUACACGUCAACGAUUUCUAUCUGCUAACAAUGGCACCAGUUUGUCGAGUGGUACUGGUCUACAAAUGAAUGGAUUCCAGUUUAAAUCGCAAUCAGAGAAUGUAAUAAUUUCACGGAUGUCUAAUGAUCAAGUAAGGCAGCCACAAAAAUAUUCUGGUGAAGAAAUAAAUGAAACCAUUCUGCUGCACGAUAACGACUUGCUGACAACGGAUAUCUUAACACCAGUUUACAUACAACUGGAUCAUGAAGGGCGAGGUCCUACAGAAGGUUUGAUGUUCACACUACCACCCGGUACAGCAAUAAUUCAGACAAAUGGAGAUAUUGGACGCAUACCUUUCCAGACAAACUCAUCUCAUCCAACAACAACAACAUCUACCACGAGACGCAUUUAUAUAUCUAACGGGAAUCGGAUUAUACCAACUGUGCCUAAGUCAGUACAAGUUGUACAACCGUUGAAAGUGAUGAAUGUCAUGCAUCAAAACUCGUCAUGUACAGAUUCUGUCACGUGUAGUCCAGCUGUCAAUUCAGAGAUGCUGUCUUCCUCACCAUAUAGUUGUAAUUCUUCACCAACUUCUGUUGUCUCACCGUUAUCUGGUGAUGUGUUUCUCCCUAUGCAACAAGUUGAAGUCGUUUCCAGCUCUAAUAUUCAAAAACGAGAGUCGCCUUGCAUGAACAUCUAUCAAUUUGAUGCACAGAAUGAAUCAGACAUAUGCAUAGAGGAAGAAAUAAUGAUGGAUGAAGAAAGGAUGACAAAUUUUAAUUCACAACAGUCAGAUACAAUGACAAAUAUUAUCAGUAUGGAUGAAUGUAUGGAAGGAACGAACGAAUCAUUCUCGUCUUCCAUUCUUCCCCAUUGGUCGUCUAACCUACCAACUAGUGAAUCGAUGGAACCGUCUUUAUCGUCAUCAUCUAAAAUGUCGAGAAUAAUGACAUCGGUUGCAGCAACGAUGACACCGACAACAACAACAACGACAAGAAUCAAAGUGGAAGACGAUCGUCAACUGUCACCUGGAUAUAUGACAACUGCUAGGCUUCCACCAUUGUCUGUAGAUGUAAUGAAAUCUGUAAACAGAAAUCUAAUCUCAUCAUCAUCGUUAUCAACAACCAUAUCUAACCAUACAAGUUGUAUUAUUAAUGAAAAUGAUAUAUCCGAUACCGAUUUCCCUAUAAGCACAGAUGAUAAUUUCGAUUCAAGUUUUGAUGCAAUGAUGAAUUCAAUUGAUAUUACAACAUUUUUACCCGGUACAUUUCAAUCGAAUGAAGAACAUCAAUUUAAUGGGGAUUAUGAUAAUGAUUUAAAUCGACAAUUGCAGUCCACUUCAUAUGAUCUAGAAUAUUCUAAUAUCAAUGAACAUGAUGCGGGUAAUGAUAAUAAUAGUAAUAAUAACAAUAAUACUAGAAAUAAUGACAACACUGAUAAUCAUCCAAUGAAGGUCGAUGAAUUCGACGAUACUUGUCAGAGGAUGACUGCAUCACCAUUCAUUGAUGAGCAUACUUCAACACUAUAUCAUAUUAAACCUGAUAUUGAAUUUUCGAAUAAUCAUGAAUCAUAUACCAGUAGUAAUACUAAUGCUACUAUGAAUGGUACUAUGACUGUGAGUAGUGCUUCAUCCUUGCUACAAAGCGAUAAUGAUUAUUUUCCACACAAACAAAUGUCAAAUUUAUCAAAGUCUUCAUUUUGUUCACAACCAUCGUCAUGUCUAUUAUCACAGGCAUCAGGUGUGCCAACGACAGCUUCAUCGGUUAGAAUGAAUUCAUUAGAAGAGAUAUUGAAUAGUGCUCCACAAAUUUAUUCAUCAUCUUUAGCUGAUUUGGAUUCGUUAGAUAAGUCAAGUUUAUUCGUUAUAAAACCUGAUUGGUCUGUGGCGGCAUAAUAAACAACGACCACGUUGAGCAUUUAACAUUCUAAAUUUUGUUUGCUGAACAUGUGUUUAUUUGGGCGUGUGUGUGUUUGCGUAUGGGCCAGCGUGCUUGCGUGCGUGCGUGCGUAUAUCUCUUUUAGUUACACAUAUAACAAAUGCAUACAUGCACAGACAUACAAUAUAAUAUAUUCUCUCAGCAUAUCUAAGUUGCAUAACUCAGGUGUUCGUUUUUUUUCGUUUCCUUAUUUAAAUAACAUUAAAACAUUUUUUAAGUAAACCAUUGAAAAUGGUACAAUUUUUGCUAACUUCAUAUUUAAUAUCUUAAUAUCUAUCUAUUCAAUAUAUACACCUAAAUAUCUAUAUUCAUUCGUACGAAAUUUUCAUACACAUUUGUUUAUCUGCAUUAAUAUUUAUAAGUAUGGUGUGCAACCCGCUGGAUUCAAGCAUUUAACGAUACAAACACACACACACUGAUUCUCGAACUUCAUCACUUAAUUUUAUACUGAUAAAAAAAACACCGACAAUCCUAAGUUUUCUACGUACAUAUAUAUGCACACAUACAUAUAUAUUUUUCUUCUCUGAAAGUAGUAUUUAUAAUAUUUAUGUAUAAUAUGCUGAUUAUCAAACUGGUUGGAUAUUUUCUCUGCAGUUGAAUAAAACUAAUAUUUUCUUCAGGUUGUACAGUACACACACUUUUCCCCUUUGUGCUUUCUUAGUUCUACAGUUGUUUUUUUUUUACUAAAAAAACCUAUUUUAUAAUAAAAAUUGAAAUUAGUCAUACUACUUGCCAGUAAUUUUUUAAUAGUAGUCAUUAGUAGUAAUGUAAUGUAAUGACUAUUUAGUAUUAGUCUGUAAUUGAUACUGUUAGCUCUAUGGGGUAGUCAGUUUAUUUGGAUCAAGUAAUACUCUUAGUUAGUUAGUGUUGAGGCAAAUUUCCAUAUUUUGUGUUUCUCUCCUUCCUCUUUAUCCGUUUUUGAUAAUGACCACUUCUUCUUGAAGUUUAUUCACACACUCAAUCAACUGAUCAUCUCAGGACAAUUGAAAUUCUACUUUUUCAUAUAUGCACACAGAUAAUAUAUUCUUGGAAAUUUAUGUUAUUUCUUUUUUUUAAUCAACACGCAUAGAAAUGCAUUAGAUGUGAACAGUAAUUUUUGAAUGAUCUGCCUUCAUCUUUUUCAUUUAUAGCUGUUAAUACACACAUACACAUAUACGCAUACAUAAUGCUGCUAUCACCUUUUAUUCACUAGAGUAUUCCUCUUUUUUGGGAGUGAAGUGUUCUAUGAAGCUGUUCAGCGUCAGCGUCAACAACACAGGUGAUGACGGCAUGGAAGGGAGGAAGAACAUCGACAGCAUGGAAGGGAAUGAAGCUAAGCAUCAUGUGUCGACUCUUUCUACUCUCCUUGUCUCUGUCUCAAAAGUGUGCAAAACGCUGAAUCCUCGCACAUAUAUAUAUAUAUCUGGUUUCAUAUGCGAACAAAUGCACAUGAGUAUAAAUCAUUGAGUCAUACAAUCACUGAUUUAUUCAGUCAUUCACUCUCUCUCUAAUUCAUCUACUUAUUGAUUCAUUUACUGUUUCAAUUGUCUCAGGUGGUGCCAUUUUCUACUCACACUUAGUCUUUUAUGAAUAUAAUCUAUUAUAUUAUUACUAUUUUUUGAAACUUUUAGGGAAGUUUUGUUUGUCGGUUUUCGUUUUUAUUUUGUUUGUUGUUGAUGUUGUUUUACUACUCUAUAUUACUAUUUUUGUCCCUUUCUCUCUCUCUCUCCCUCGUCUCAUCUACUUCAUAUGGGAUGAAACGAAGUGAACUCAUCAUUCAGGGCCACUAUAUCACUGUGUGUGAGUGUGUGUGUUUGUGUACCAUUACGGCUGCUAAUAUUACUUACUAUUUAAUGAUACUUUUUAAUGGAUAUUAAUUUUUGCCUCACAUCAACACAAACUAUACAUAUAUGAGUGUGUGUGUGUGUGUGUGUAUACAGUGGUAGCUGGAAAUAAUAAUGAAGGAGGAGUGAGCAGUGAUCAGACUGAAGGUUAAUAUUACUUGUCCUGCAAGUACUACUACUACUGCUACAACAGACAUUACAGACAUCAAUACUGACAUCGACAAUGUCCUUUCACUAUAAAAUGCAAACAAAAUUGUAAUGUUUUAUGAAUUUGCCUUGUUUUGUUUGUUUGUUUGUCGGGGUUUGUUUAUUUGUUUUGUUUUUUUAAUAAAAAAAAGAAGUGAAAAAUGAGAAAAUAAUUAACACAGAAGAAUAAAGAAACAUUGUUGAACAA